AUGGUAAGACCUGGUUCUGGGGAGCCCCAGGGGCUUGUCGGCUGGCAGGGCCUGGGCCUGGGCUCCCCGACUUGGAGAGAUGUCCCGCACCAGUUUCCGAGGCAGGCCCGGAGCUCCUGGAGGUACAGGGUUUCUGAGGAGGACUCCGUGUACUUGGACUACGAGGGGCAGGCGGCAGAGAGCCUGCAGGAGGGCAUGAAGCAGGGGCCGCCCUCCGAGAGACAAGGCAUCUCCUUUUCCUUCCAGGGCCGGAGCCAGCACCCAGAGCAGAGCCGGAACCUCCGCAAAGCCCCGAAGAAGAGGAUAACAUCUACCUGGAGUGCUCGGCCAGCCCAGGACUGCGGUCUGCUGGGCCAGCCGUGGUUCUCAGGGAACCUGGACCGCCAAGCUGUGGAGACAGCCCUGCUCCAGUUUGGAAAGGGCGGUGCCUACACAGUGCGCCCCAGCUCAGACCCCGGGAGCUCGCAGCCCUUCACCCUGGCUGUCCUGCUCCACGGCCACGUCUUCAACAUCCCCAUCAGGCAGCUGGACGGGGGCCGCCACUAUGUCCUGGGCCGCAAAAACCACAAGGAGCUCUUCCCCUCCGUGAGCGCCAUGGUCCAGCACUACACGCAGCACCCGCUGCCCCUGGUGGAUAGGAACAGCGGCUGCUGCCAGCUCACCCGCCUGCGCUUCCCCAUCGGGUCCUGAGCCCCCGCGAUGCUUCUGGCCCCGCUCCUGGCUCUGGCUCUGCAAGUCCAGCCCCGCACCCGGCCCCAGCCCUCCGCGCAGGGCUGCAGACCCGCACGAGCGCCGCCGAGGAGGAGGCCAGGAGGCCACCCCGGCCGCGCUCCCGAGGCCGGACGGCAGGGGGCGCGCCUCCCGCCCCGCCUGCAGCCCGGGCAGAGGCGGGUCGCCCUGCCGCUGGGUCCCUUUCAAUAAAUACUUGCUCAGUGGCUUCUCGACCCUGCCGAGCCCACGGGGGACGCGGGCGCCGGGCGGGUCCGCCGGUGUGAUGGGCACGGGGACCCCACCCCAGCCUGCAGCGGGCCCUGGGGGCUUCACCCUUCCAGGGCGGGGGUGGCCGGUUCCGGUCCCCAGCUGCGGCCCCCAUGCCCAGCCGUGCAAGGGGGUCGCCUGCUGGUGCAGGGGGCCUAUGUGAGGGUCCAACCGGGCCAGCAGCCUGCCAGGAGGCCUUAAGCCCCCCCUCUCUGGCCCUGGUUCUCUUCUUUCCGGGGCGGGGGGCGGUCAAGCGGACGCCCCUGUAGGGGUGAGAUGAAGCGGGUGAAGCCCUGGGCCUCCACUCACUCCGUUUGCUCCACCGCGGGCCACGAGGGCCGCCCGGCCCCGCGGCGCCCAGGGGCCCCCACGGUGCUGUCGCUCCUGCAGCUCGGGGUGGUCUCCCCCGGAAACUGGGGGCGCCACGCGGAGGAGGGGGCGCUCUGGGAGGCUCGUGGGGGUCCAGAGAGGACUAGCGGCGGCGGGGUCGGCGCGGCCCGGCAGGCCCGGCAGAGGCUCCCGAGCAGGGGCUGCGGCGGGCGGGAGGCGGCGCGCCCGGCGGGCGGGAGCCGCCGGCCUGGCCGGGCGCCCGGAACACCCCGUGCCUGAAAGCCAUGUGACCGUGACUCCGC